ACAUGUAGGCGCGACCAGUCCACCCUGAAACUUGCAGGAAGCAGCCGCGAAGAAGACGGCUACGACCUAGCUCUGCUUUCCUUGUGUCCGGUGAGCUCUCUGCUUGGCGGCCAUGGCGCGCGGCGAGUGAAGCCGAAUCCGGCGCGGCGGGGGUGUCGACUUACGCUCUCCUAAAGUUUUGGAACUCACUCUGCUCGACGGAACAGCAGUCAGCAACUUGACCUGGUCUUCAAUGGAGGUACAGAUGGCCGCUCAAGCCGCCAAGUCAGCCGGACGCAGCACGCCGCCUCAUCACCACGGCGGCGGCGCGAAGCCCGUCCCCGGCUACCUCAAGCCGUCGGCGGGGUCCUGCCACCACGUCUGCAAGUACGGCGGCACGCACGCGUUCGAGGACAAGGAGGCCACGAAGAAUAAGAAGCCCCAUCCCAAGGCCCGGAAGCAGCCGGCGGCGGCCGCCCCGGCUGAGAGCCAGAGCAGGGUGAUGGGCAAGGUGCGGUCGGUGUUCCGGCGCCGCGUCGGCGAUUCCAGCAGGGCCGCUGAGAAGGCGGCUGCCGCCGGCAAGGGGAGUAAGGGAGGUGGCGACAGCGUGGAGUGGAAGGACAUCGUGACCUAUGAUACUACGGUUCCACCUCAUGGAUCUUCUCCACAGCAGCCUGGUAAGGUCUCGGCCCCGAUCAUCGGUUCUGGCGAGGCCGAGAAGGAGGAUGUGGUGAAGGGGAACAAGUCACACGAAAAGACCAAGAUCGUCACUGGACAAGUGGGUGAUGGUGUAGGAGCUCAAGGUGAAACACUGGACAAGAAGAGCGCAAAGCCUCCGAAAGGGAAGAAACCCAUGGCGGCACUGCUCGUCGAGAAGAUGUCCAUUGAUCAAGAACUCCUCCAAGGGUACCAAAUCCUCUCCCCUUCCCUGAUACAAAGCCGCGCGAGCCUAUUGCGUGACCUUGAGAAAGAGAUGGUCCAUGAAGCUACCAACGCGAAAGAAGUGAAACCAAUGUAUUCCCUUGACGAAGAAGAAGAGUACGCCGCUGCAGCCGAAGCAAGCAGGCCCAUCCCGGCUCACCGGAGGGUGAAGAGCAUGAGCAUGAGCAUCAGCAGCCGGUCGGUGCGGUACCCAUUCGCCCGGCAGGCGAGCAAGAACUCAUCAGCAGGCACCUUCAAGCUUCGCUCCAGGAGCACCAAGGCACCCAUAGCGCCGCCGGAGGAGGAGAAGAAGCCGGCGAGGCUGAGGUCCAGGAGGGGCGAGGAUCCUUCGUCAGGGAGCACUGGCAGAAGCAUCCAGCUCAGGAUCAGGAGCCUCCGGAGGCGGGGUGUCGGCGGUUCCGGUGGCGCGGGCGCCGGGUUCGUCGUGCCGGCGGUGGCGCUGAGGCACCAGAAGACGCUGGACAAGAAGAAGAGCCAGAGGCUGUACAACAACGUGAUCGAGGAGACGGCGAGCAAGCUCGUGAAGACGAGGAAGAGCAGGGUGAAGGCCCUGGUGGGGGCUUUUGAGUCUGUCAUCUCCAAGAUUGCAAAGUAGCUAGGAAGCUGGGGGCAUAUAUCUAGUAAUAUAAGGUGCGGAGCUUGUCGUGCACUUUUUGGUGGUGUGGAGUGAGUUUUUGCUCCUAAUGGCUGAUGGAAACAAUGGCCUUGUUCGGUCACUCUGGGCUGAACUGGGGACUUUGUGCAGAGAUGUUUUGAUGUUUUGCAGUCAUGCAUCCUACCGCCUGUUUAUGAAUGUGUGAAGAACAAGUUUGGCUUUUAAAAAAAAACAGAGCGAUAUGUUUAUUCAUC